AUGGCCUCCCAGCUCUGCUCCCCAAUCUUCUCCUCUGGGUCCCUCAGGGGCCACUGCGGCACAACCAGCGGCAUCUCUCGGGUGUCCUGUGUCCGCUCCGUGGGCUCCUGCAGGGUGCCCAGCCUUGCUGGUGUUUCGGGGUCAGCCUCCUCCGUCAGGCUGGGCCUCUCCAGCCUUGGGAGCUGCUUGCCUGGUUCCUUCCUGUCCUCUGGGUUCCAUUCCUCUGGCUUUGCCGGGACUGGGGGCUGGUUCUGCGAGGGUGCCUUCAACGGCAAUGAGAAGGAGACCAUGCAGUUCCUGAACGAUCGCCUGGCUAACUACCUGGAGAAGGUGCGGCAGCUGGAGCGGGAGAACGCAGAGCUGGAGAGCCGCAUCCGGGAGUGGUACGAGUCUCAGAUCCCGUACAUCUGCCCCGACUACCAGUCCUACUUCAAGACCAUUGAAGAGCUCCAGCAGAAGAUCCUGCUGACCAAGGCUGACAACGCCAGGCUGGUCCUGCAAAUUGACAAUGCCAAGCUGGCUGCUGACGACUUCCGGACCAAGUACGAGACGGAGCUGGGCAUGCGGCAGCUAGUGGAGGCCGACACCAACGGCCUGCGCCGGAUCCUGGACGAGCUGACCCUGUGCAAGGCUGACCUGGAGAUGCAGGUGGAGUCUCUGAAGGAGGAGCUGAUAUGUCUCAAGAAGAACCACGAGGAGGAAGUCAAUACACUCCGAUGCCAGCUUGGGGACCGGCUGAAUGUGGAGGUGGAUGCUGCUCCCCCGGUGGACCUCAACAAGAUCCUGGAUGAGAUGAGAUGCCAGUAUGAGACCCUAGUGGAGAAUAACCGCAGAGAUGUGGAGACCUGGUUCAACACCCAGACCGAGGAGUUGAACCAGCAGGUGGUGUCCAGUUCGGAGCAGCUGCAGUGCUGCCAGACAGAGAUCAUCGAGCUGAGACGCAACGUCAACGCCCUGGAGAUCGAGCUGCAGGCUCAGCACAGCAUGCGGAAUUCCCUAGAAUCCACCCUGGCAGAGACUGAGGGCCGCUACAGCUCCCAGCUGGCCCAGAUGCAGGGCCUGAUCGGCAAUGUGGAGGCUCAGCUGGCCGAGAUCCGCUGCGACCUGGAACGGCAGAACCAGGAGUACCAGGUGUUGCUGGAUGUCAAGGCUCGGCUGGAGUCCGAGAUCGCCACCUACCGCCGCCUGCUCGAGGGAGAAGACUGCAAGCUACCUGCCCAUCCUUGUGCCACGGAAUGCAAGCCUGCUGCUAGAGUUCCUUAUGUCUCGAGCGGGCCCUGUGCCCCGGGCCCCCAGCUCAGCACCCAGAUCCGCACCAUCACAGAGGAGUUCAGAGAUGGGAAGAUCAUUUCUUCCAGGGAGCAUGUGCAGCCGCUGUAA